CCGGUGAUGUUGUGCGCUUCCACGACGAAAUCUUGAAAUAAUGUAGAGUAAUCAGAGAUGUACUUUAUGUUUUCACAUAGUUUAUAGUAAAUACAGGCUAGUUUGUCUGGGCGACGACAAAGCCGGACUGUAUUUUGGUACGGUCGUUUUAAUUUCGACCCUUCAGCAUCUUGACACAACCAUACGCGUUUGCUGUCAUAUCCAAUACAAAAAGAUGGCGUAUCCGUCAGCUCAAAAUAAUUACCCCGGUUUCCAACCCCAAGGACCUCCAGUUCCCGGACAAAAUAUUUCCUCGGCAAACUCUGGAAGUCAAGGAAAUGUGGGAAUGAUGGGUAUUCCUCCUAAACCUGGUCCUGGUGUUAAUCCACAGACUAUGUAUGCUCCCCCAAAUGGCCAGGUAGGAGGGACAUCAGUUAUAGGCAGUGGUCCCCCUCUACGCACACAACAUAACCACGGACAUGGUCAAAAUAUGAUGCAACCAGGGUCUUUACCACUGAACCAUAAUGGCUUUCCCCAACAGCAAUAUCCUUCAGGUGGGCAAAGUAAUGUUAAUAGCGCAAAUGACAAUCGUUUCAGCGGCCCACCAACAUCUGCCCAAACUUUUCAUGGUCCUAGAGCUGAUGUUGGCCCACCUGUCGCAGGGCAAAACACUGGCCUACCAAAUGGCCCUGCUUCAGUUAGGCCAGGACCUCCAGUGACAUCACAGUAUCCUGGGGUUCCUCCUCCCAGGCAAGGCCCACCUGCCCAAAGACCGAUGUAUCCACCCCCACCUUCACAAGCCUCUUUGCUUCAUUCGGUCCAGGGUUUUCCUCAGCAACGUAUGUCAGGUUCCCCUGCAACCAGUGUAGGAGGUCAAUCACUUAGAUUCCCUGGUCAUCAACCAACGCCUGGUAUUCAGCUUCCUCAAGCAGGGGAACCCCCUCCACAGAUGGCCCCAGGCCCCAGACCAACAUAUACACCUUCAAGUACAGCAACAUCCUCACUUCAAGAUUCUGGUCGCCCCAAUGAGCUGCCUGUGCCAUUCCAUGGCCAGGGUCAGUACUCACAUCAGAUAGGACAGACCAUGAGGUUGAUUGCACCACUGACCCCUAGCAACUCAGAACCCACUUCACGGAAGUCGUCAAGAGCCCCUUCUCCAGUUACAUCUCCUAUAUAUGAUGCUUUGGAAGGACAGUUUACACCCAUUUCCCAAGGUUCCACUCCUGGAUAUGGCACUCCACCCCCGGCAGGGAAUGGUCCAGCCUCCGGCAGCCCAGGACCUCCUGGUCCAGGAGCACCCUCACAGGAUUCUAAGAGUGGUAUCACAGGCAGACGGGUCUAUCCUCAAGCAUCAAACCAGAUGAACUAUGCAGGGCAACAGCAAUCGGUUGGCGCUCAACAGUUUGGAGGGUCUUUGAGUCAGCAGUUCAGUGGGCCACCAGGGCAACAAACAACUGGCCUGUUUCAGCAAAAUGUGAGUGGUCCACAUAGACAGCAGUUUGCAGGCCCACCUGGUCCUGGGCAACAAGUUGGAGGACCGCCAGGUCCUGGGCAACAGUUUGGAGGACCGCCCGUUUCUGGGCAACAGUUUGGAGGACCAGGACCUGGACAACAAUUUGGAAGCCUACCUGCUUCUGGGCAACAAUAUGGAGGCCCACCUGGUCCUGGCAAACAAAUUGUGGGCCCCUCUGGUACUGGUCAACAAUUUGGCGUCCCAUCCGGUCCUGGGCAACAAUUUGGAGGCCCACCUGGGGCUGGGCAACAGUUUGGAGCCACUGCUAGACCACAAUUUGAUGGGCCUCCAAGUCAGUUUGGCCGUCAGCCUGGAGAGCAAAUGGGAAGACAGUCUCUGGUGGGUCCACCAAGUGGCACCCAAGCUAGACCCCCUCAUACUGGGUUUCAAGGAGGAUUUCAACAGCCAGGUUUUUCACUACCACAGGUCGGCCAGCAAAAUAUCCAGCGGAAUUACCCAGCAGGUCUAACAUCUGGGUUUGGGCAGAUGUCAUUAGAGGAUCCUUCAAGGGCAGUUAAUUUGCUCCAAGAAAGACAACUAAUACUGCCAACAGGUCCAGAGACGCCCAAAGCAAAUCUUCAGCACGAUUUUAAGAAAGUUAAUUGUAGUCCAGAGGUCUUCCGCUGUACAUUGACCUCCAUUCCUCAAACAUCAUCUUUGUUAAACAAGGCCAGAUUACCCUUGGGUAUAUUAAUACACCCAUUUAAAGACCUUUCCCAAUUACCUGUGAUCCAGUCAUGCGUCAUCGUCCGCUGUCGCUCAUGCAGAACCUAUAUCAAUCCUUUUGUAUAUUUUGUGGAUACAAGGCGGUGGAAAUGCAACCUGUGUUACAGAGUCAAUGAUUUGCCAGAUGAAUUUUCAUAUGACCCAAUAAGUAAAACACAUGGUGAACCCCAGAGGAGGCCUGAGGUGCGCUCAUCAACGAUAGAGUUUAUUGCCCCCUCGGAAUAUAUGUUGAGACCCCCACAACCUGCAGUGUAUCUAUUUGUUUUUGAUGUGUCUUUCAAUGCAGUGGAAACAGGUUAUUUGAAUGUGUUUUGUGAAACCUUAUUGGAUGAGUUAGACAAACUGCCAGGGGAUGCCAGAACUCAUAUAGGCUUCAUAGCCUUUGAUAGAGCAGUGCACUUCUUUAAUUUGGCAGAAGGAUUGUCACAGCCACAGUUACUGACAGUUUCUGAUGUAGACGAUAUCUUUUUACCUAGCCCAGACAAUUUGCUGGUGAAUGUACAUGAAAGUAAAGAGCUCGUUAUAGAUCUUCUCAACCAGUUACCCACCCUGUUUGAAGACAAUCAGGAAACAGGGAAUGCUUUGGGAGCUGCACUUCAGGCUGCAUAUAAAAUGAUGAGUGCAACAGGUGGACGAGUGACUGUAGUACAGACUUGUUUGCCUACAGCAGGACCUGGGGCACUGAGUGCCAGGGAGGACCCAAAUCUGCGGAAGUCAAAAGAUGUCCAAAAUCUUGGACCAGCAACAGAUUUUUACAAGAAGCUGGCUUUAGACUGCUCAGCCCAGCAGAUAGCGGUUGACCUGUUUCUCUUGAAUGGCCAGUAUGCUGAUGCAUCCACAUUAGCUUGUAUAUCCAAGUACUCAUCAGGUUGUGUUUACUCAUACCCAUCGUUCCAUGCAAUGAGAAAUCCUCCUCAACGUGACCGUUUAGAGGCAGAUCUGCGUCGGUAUCUCACCCGCAAGAUUGGUUUUGAAGCGGUUAUGAGGAUUCGAUGUACCAAAGGUCUCAGUAUUCACACCUUCCAUGGUAACUUCUUUGUGAGGUCAACUGACUUACUGUCCCUCCCCAACAUUAACCCUGAUGCUGGCUUUGGUAUGCAAAUGUCUAUUGAAGACUCCCUCACAGAUUCACCUACAGUCUGUUUCCAGGCUGCUCUUCUCUACACAUCAAGUAAAGGUGAGCGUCGGAUACGAGUGCACACCAUGUGUUUGCCUGUGACUAACCAGUUGAAUGAGGUGUUUGGUGGAGCAGACCAACAGACAAUUGUGGGGCUCCUGGCAAAAAUGGCUGCAGACAGAACAGUCACAUCGUCUUUAAAUGAUGCCCGUGAGGCUAUGAUCAAUGCUGCCAUGGAUGCGCUGUCAGCCUAUGGCAGUUCUCUGACUUCCUCUCAGAGGGCUGGAAACCUCAUGAUAUCCUAUUCUCUCAGACUUAUCCCGUUGUAUGUUCUGGCCAUGUUGAAAUGUUUGGCGUUUCGAGUGGGAUCACUGACGAAGCUGGAUGACCGUGUAUUAGCCCUAGAGCGCUGUAAGACCCUGCCACUGUAUCGCCUCAUGCAGAUGAUCUAUCCAGACCUCUACCCAGUCCAUGCUCUUACUGAUGAGAAUGGAUUGAACUUGAAGGAAGGGGUGAUAGCCCAGCCUCCACACCUGCAGCUGUCCUCUGCUAACCUGGACAAACAUGGGGCAUUCCUUAUGGACACAGGGGAUGAUAUGUACCUGCUAGUGGGCAGUGCCAUCAGUGAUCAGUUUUGCCAGCAGGUCUUUGACAAGCCAAAUUUCAUGUCUUUAGAAAAUGGACUGAACAUGCUCCCUGAACUGGAGAACCCCACAUCAGAGAGACUGAGAAACUUCAUCAAUUAUCUGAUGGAUCAGAGGCCGAAUGGUGUUAAUUUCACAGUCAUUAGAGACGACAGUAAAGAAAGAGGGUUAUUUUUCCAGCACAUGGUGGAGGAUCGUUCAGAAUCAACAAUGUCCUACUACGAGUUUCUACAGUAUUUGCAGAAACAACUGAAGGGAUAAGACAAAUUGUAGUAGUAUUUGUCUGUAAUGUAAUUCAGAUCUCUAAUUAAUACAUACAUGUGCAGUGUCACUGUGUGUAUUUUAUUAGUUUGUAAUUUAAACACUUACUGGGGUAGUAUUACUUGUACCAGAGAAUUAGUCAUUCUUUGUUAGCGCUUGUAUAAAUUUGUGUAUGAUUUACUUGCUUAUUAAAGUGGCUUGUCAGAGGGAUCUGAUAUCAAACAAUCCUUGGUACUUUUUGUGCCUUAUUGCCCAUGUGUGACCAUUUAUUAUAAUCUACAUAAAUAUAUAUGUAAAUAACAUGAGAAAGGCUCAAUGAUAAUUAGAUAACAUGCAUGAUAAUUACAUAUAAGGCAUAGAUAUUGGGCAUAUCAUUUCACCACAUUUGAAUGAGGUUAUUAACCAUGUGAUUGCCAAAAGGAUAAACUCUUUAUCUAGGUCAUACAGCUUGAUACAAGGAUUACUGAUUUGGAGUGUAAGUGUGCAGCUUAGCCAUGCUGAUCAUAUUUACACUGCACAACAUCUGGUCAGUUGUAAAUGGUGACAGUUUUACAUACCAAGAUUUUUGUUCUUUAGAUCUGUUGUAUUGAAAAAAAAUGUUCAUUUGAUUCUUUUUCAUGUGGUUCAUGCCAGUGUAAUUUUGUCACAACUGGCAUACUGAGUUACUUCAUGUGUGAUUGUUAUAUAAGUGUAGACUCAGAUGUUUUCAUGUAUUAUGGAUAUGUUGUCUUUGAUAAGCAAUGGCGAUUUAGUCGGUUGACUUCAAUGGAUAGAUUUGUGAUGAAAAGUGCUGACUAAAGAUUUUUUUUCCAUUCUAGGCUAUAUGCAAAUAAUUUGGUAAAAUAUGGCCGUUAUAACAUGCUGAAUGUAGAAGCCCAUUGAGAUCCUGAAAAUCAGGAUUUAGUAUGUAUGUGUGUUAGUGUAGUGCAGUUUUAUCCCCAUUUGACACGUCUUGACGGGUUUGAUAUCGCUUCUGUAGUGGUUUCAUAUAGUGAAGAGAAAUGUAUAGAAAAAGCCAUUUUGUUUUGUAGCCUGUGUUUGCGAUAAGUUUCACUAUUUUACCCAGAAGAUAUCUGGAAUUAUUUUAUGUGUGUACACAGAAAGAGAAAGCCACUAUGGAUUGAGCACUUUCCCAAAUCCAGUGGCUUUCUUAGAUCGCCUUGGACAAAUAUGCAGCGCUCCAAACAAACAUUACCACUGGUGUUGUAAUGUUCCCUUGUUUUAUGAGUGUUCAGUGUAAAUUCUGUAUGUUGUCCCUAAUGUAUUUAAUCUUAUAAAUGAAGGUGCAUAGGUGUUUUAUCUGUAAAUACAUGUAUUGAUGUCCAGAAGCCAUUCUGAUAUAUAAUACAGAGUUUUAAUAUCAAACAGUUGUCAGGUGUAUGAAAAUAUGAUUUGUAACAAGAGAAAUGUUUGUGAUAAUGUUGAUCUGCCUUUAUUGGAAUUUCCAGUGAAGGAUCAGUGGUUCUCUUCCCCUACAUUUAUUUAUGAGGGAUCCUGACUAGACUAGAAUAGGGUCUGGACGAGAAUUGCAUUGCUAUUCAUCCAGUGAAAAGGAUGAAUAUUGAUCUUACUAACACCCAUUUCCACCAGUGCACAAGUGUUUUCUAUAUUUAUCCUUAAGUACUGACUGGGAAAUGUGUUGUUCAUGUAGAAUUGUACAGGAUGUCAUUGCUCCUUUGAUUGGCUAAAUAUACAUGUACAAUGAAAAAUUAAACUUAUUUUAAAACCCACAAAUCAUGAAAUAAAAUACAAAAUACUUAA